AGGUCAUCAGUCCCUGCUAGAACACAACAGCGUGCACCAGCGCCACAAGCUCAACCAACACAAGUAGCACAAGCACCACAAGCUCAACCUCAACAACCUGGAUUAUUUGCCCAAAUGGCUGCCACUGCUGGAGGUGUUGCCGUUGGUUCUGCCAUUGGUCACACUGUUGGUCAUGCAGUCACAGGAAUGUUUGGGGGUGGUGGUUCCCGGGAUGAGGUACAGCCUCAAGUUCAACAAGCCCCGUUAAUGCCAAUGGAGCAGAGUAGCCAGCAAGGUGGAGCGUGUGCUUUUGAAAUCAAACAGUUUUUGCAGUGUGCACAAAACAAUGACGAUAUUUCUUUGUGCUCUGGAUUUAACGAGGCUAUUCGCCAAUGCAAGGAAGCUAACCGUUUAAUGUAAUUAAGAUAACUGAUUAAUGAAAAUUGAAAAAGUAGUUGCAAGAUUAUUAUGAACAAUGUACUUUUUAUGUUAAAAUAUAGAAUCGGUUCAUUACAAGUUUGUUUUUUUACAUUAGUUAUAUAUUAUUAUACAAAAUCUAUAGGUCAAUGAAAUGUUAUUUUUUUUAGGAAUGUUUAGUUUUUGUAUGCUUAUUGUAAGUUAAAAUUAAAAAACAAAAAAAUUAUAAUAUAAUAAAUAAUAUUAUAAUUUAAUACCUAUUAUUUAUUUUAUUUUUUAACUAGGGUGUAACUAAUGUUCAUAAAGAAUUAGAACUAGAGACGUUGUGUAUUUUCCUCUAAGAUAUCUAUGACAAAAUAAAUAGAUAAUUACAGCAACUUUAA